AUGGACCGCCUCAACAGAAUGCUGCAGGCCGCACAGGGCAUGGGAAUGGGAAGCGCUGCCCCCGGUGGUGACACCCCGAACCUGAUUGAUAACUCCGAAACCGUUCAUAUUUCCUCUCUGGCCCUGCUGAAGAUGCUGCGACACGGCCGCGCAGGUGUUCCGAUGGAAGUCAUGGGUCUGAUGCUGGGUGAAUUUGUCGAUGAAUACACAGUCCGCGUUGUGGAUGUCUUUGCCAUGCCCCAGAGUGGUACUGGUGUCAGUGUCGAGGCCGUGGAUCCCGUAUUCCAAACCAAGAUGAUGGAGAUGCUCCGGCAAACGGGACGGCCAGAGACUGUCGUUGGAUGGUAUCACUCUCACCCUGGUUUCGGUUGCUGGCUUUCAUCCGUCGAUAUCAACACCCAGCAAUCUUUCGAACAACUCACCCCCCGCGCAGUGGCCGUCGUCGUCGAUCCCAUUCAGUCGGUGAAGGGCAAGGUUGUUAUUGACGCCUUCCGCCUUAUUCAGCCACAGACCGUUGUCAUGGGCCAGGAGCCCCGUCAAACAACCUCAAACUUGGGUCACCUGAACAAGCCCUCAAUCCAGGCUCUCAUUCACGGCCUAAACCGUCACUACUAUAGCAUUGGAAUCAACUACCGAAAGACCGGCCUGGAGGAGAAUAUGCUGAUGAACUUGCACAAGCACGUAUGGACCGAGGCCCUGCAAAUGAACGAUUUCCACGAAGACGGUCAUCACAACGUGGAGCAGAUGAAGCAGCUCGUUAGCCUUGCCGAGGGCUACGAGAAGCGGGUGAAGGAGGAGACAGAGCUGAGCAAGGAUCAACUGAAGACACGAUACGUCGGCAAGGUUGACCCCAAGAAGCACAUUGAGGAUGUCAGCCAGCAAUUGAUCGAGGACAACAUUGUCGCCGUGUCCCGCCAAAUGAUUGAUAAGGAAGCUUCAGUAGCCCGGCAAUCAAGCUCGAAAGAAGGCGCCAACGGUACCAACAUGGAUGUGGAUGAGGAACUCUAG